AUGAGAUGAAGAAAUAUGACUCUCAAUUAUUAUCAUAACACAUUAGGUUUUCUUCUUGUAUUUAGCAUAAUUGAUAGAAAUUCGUUUGAGAAUGUAAAGCUAUUUAUGGGAUAUAUCAAAAAUUCUGGCUUAAGAAGAAGUUGAACAAUGCUGAUUGGAAAUAAAUGUGAUCUAAAAGACCAAAGAGAAGUUUCGUAUGAAGAAGCUAAAAAAAUAGCUGAUGAAUGAGAUAUUUUAUAUAUAGAAGUGUCUGCUAAAACAGGCCAUAAUAUAGGGCGUCCUGCUAAGUUAUUAUGUGAAAUUAUUGAGAAGCUUGACAAUUAA